UGAACACACUCUCUCUUUCUCUAUCUCUCUUUCUCUCUAGCAGUUCAACUAUUCAUUAGCAACAAAAAUUCAGCCAUGGCUGAGCAAGUCCAAGAAACAUCGCUACAAGUGGUGAACAAGAAUACGAGAUUGGGAGAGACGGACGUCCAAGAUUGCAGUCUAUGGCAUCACUUGAUCUUCCGCCAAGAGCUGGAAAUCGAUGACCAGAAACAAGAUCUUUGCUGGCUGUGCAACGAACCAGCAUCGGGAAGUCCCGCCUACAAAUGCUUGAAAUGCAACUUCCGCCAACAUAAAUCAUGCAUUGACAGACCACACGGCGUAGAUCUUGAAAUAGAACAUAAAUAUUGGUGGAAACGACAUCACUUGAUGCUCAUAGCCAUAGACAUCACUAUUAACGUUGUUUGCUCGGGAUGCAAGGAACCAGUAUUCGGUCCCGCCUAUAAAUGCUCCAUACCCGAAUGCGCCUUCCUUCUCCACAAAUCGUGCGGCGAACUAUCCAACGCGAUCCACCACCCUAUCCACCCAGACCACACCCUUCUUCUCCAAGAGCCAUCAGCGGGUGAUGACUGUUCUGUUUGCCACAAAAAUUGCAGCGGGUCCUUCUUUUACCGUUGCCGCCUCUGUUCUUUCAACCUCGACGUCGUAUGUGCUUCGCGCUGGAGAACCAACGCCGACGAUUGCCUCAAACACGCACUUGUCCCCUUGCGGAAGGGGAUACAGUUCACUUGCGAAUCUUGUGGCGAGGAAGCCAUGGAUGGCGGCUACAUGUGUAGCGAAUGUCGAGUCUUGAUUCAUGUUUACUUUUGCCGGGAAUGUGGCUAUGUUGCCCACUUGCAAUGUGCAAAGGAGCACCAAAGCUCUAGUGGAGCCACUAAUUCCGUUGACUACUUAACUCAUUUGGUUCAUUUGGUCGAGGGAAUCAGUCUAAUGGAAGACCAAAAGGUUGGUCCAAUGGAAAUUAAUCAUUUCAGUCAUCCCCAACAUAAUUUAAUUCUCACCCAUGAAAAGCUCAUGGAUGACAUGCGUUGUGAGGCGUGCAUGCAUUUAAUCUUUGGCGCCCCGUUUUACGGAUGUGUCCAAUGUAAUUUCUUUCUUCAUAAUAAAUGUGCUAAACUACCCUUAAAGAUUAAGCGAGGCAUAUUUCAUGAACAUUCACUCACCCUCCUCUCUCAGACACCAUACAAGGAUGGAUUGUUUUGGUGUGAUGCCUGUAAUCGUGGUCGCCACGGCUUCACCUAUAUAUGUGACGAAUGUGAAUGGUACAAUUUGGACGUUCAAUGUUGUUUAAUUCCGGAAACUCUUAAACAUGAAGGUCAUCAACACUCUCUCUUCCUUGCUAUAAGAUCUUUUGAAACUUGCAAUGCUUGUGGUGAAAAGAGUGAUAGUAAUGUGAUCUUUGUGUGCACAGAUUGCAAGUUCACAUUGUGUAUUAGAUGUACAACUCUUCCACUUGUAGGUAAAUAUCUAUAUGAUACACAUCUCCUAAAACUUUCUUAUAGACGUGAAGGCAAUUCUGAAGAGUAUUAUUGUUUGAUUUGUGAAGAAGAAAGAGAUCAUCCAAAUUACUGGUUCUAUUACUGUGAUAAAUGUAAGUUUACUGCUCAUCCCCGAUGUAUUAUUGAAGAUUAUCCGUGCAUGAAGUUUGGAAGUAUUUACAUAAAUAAAGAUCACCAACAUCCUCUCACUUACAAUAUAUGGGACGAGGGUGGUAUCUCUAACAAGUGA